AUGCCCCUAGCUCCCUCUCUCGCCCUAAUCUCAAACCCAAGACCUCUUUCCAGAGCCGUCUAUUUCCCUGUUCUCAACCCUCCCAAGGUGAGAGGGUUAAGCAUAGAGUGCGCUCGAGUUGGCGGAGUGGAGAUUCCGAACAACAAGAGAAUCGAGUUCUCGCUACAGUACAUCCAUGGAAUCGGAAGGAGCAGAGCUCGCAAGAUUCUCUGCGAUAUAAGCAUGGACAACAAGGUCACUAAGGAUCUCAGCGAAGAGGAACUCAUCACUCUUAGAGAUAAAGUCUCCAAAUACGUCAUUGAAGGCGAUUUGGGAUGGAUCAUAUCAUUGAGUCUUCAAGCAGAGAUGGGUGAGGAGGUGAAAGCAAUUGUUCCCGUGUCUGUGCUUAAGAAGCAAAAGAGGGAAGAGGAAUGGGCCUUGAAGAAAAAGGAGGAGCUUGAUGCUGCAAAGAAAAAGAGAGCUGAGAGCCGCAAGCUCAUUUACAGCAGGGCAAAGCAAUAUGCAAAGGAAUACCAGGAGCAGAAAAAGGAGCUGAUAAUCGAAGAGACUAUGAUGCACUGCAUUGCCAUUGAUUUGUCAUUGCAGUGA